GGGGGGGGGGGGGGGGGGGGGUGAGUAGAGAGAGAGAGAGGGGCCGAGUGGCCGGGUCGUGGCCACAACAUGAGCCGGGGGGGCGAUGGUGAAGAGGAGUCGCCACCAGCCGCGGUGGCCCUGGUGGAAAGCAGUUCCAAACCCUCAGGCCUACAACUGGUCAAUACCCACCAGGCCAUUCGGCUCGGAGACCCACUCGACCUUGUAGCUCUGGCACAACAAAUCCAAAAGGGAGAUGAAUUUGUUCGAGCCAACGUCACUAAUAAACUGACUGUGAUAGCUGAACAAAUCCAGCACCUCCAAGACAAAGCUCGACAGGUUCUGGAAGAGGCCAAGAGAGAUGCAGAUCUGCACCAUGUUGCCUGUAAUGUUGUGAAGAAACCUGGCACCAUCUACUUCAUGUACAGACGUGAUUCUGGUCAGCGAUAUUUCUCCAUCCUUUCUCCAAAGGAGUGGGGGCCGAGCUGCCCACACGAGUUCCUCGGUGCCUACAAGUUACAACAUGACAUGUCAUGGACACCUUAUAAAGAAAUCAACAAACGAGAUGCAGAAAUGGGUCUAAUUGACAAGCUUCUGACCCAGCACCAGACACAACCAGACCGUGGAGCUUCACCUAUAGUGACUGAUCCAGUGAUACUACCUACUACCUCCCACCAAGAACAGUCUUGAUAAUAAAUGGUGAAAUACUGUGCCUGCUGAUAUGUUCAGAGCCAUUUUCAAAUCUUGUUUUUCAUGUACCCUUGCCUUUCUUGGUUCUAGAUUUAAUUUACACUAAACUAUAGCCAGGGUGUGACAUGGUCAAAUGGCCACAUGAUAGAAACACUUACAGCAUCAUUCAGUUACCAUAACAGCAAACCUCAGGCCAAAAAUGAAUAUUACAGCACUCAAAUGUAUUCUCUCAUUGGACAGUAUCAGGCCAUUCAAGUCUGUUCCAUUGUUACAAACUUGUAACUCUACUCACCAGUGUCUACUUCACAUCUUUUAACAUCUUUGAUGAACAAAACUUAAUUUGAUCUCAAUCUUGAUAGGAAUGUAAUAUUUCUACGGAAGGAACAUCUCUCCAGCUUAAAUUCUGCAAAGAACUUGACACUUGUAGGGCAGGCGUAUUUUAAAGCAGUGCUCUCCCAUUUUCUUUUAACGCAGAACCCAGCACCAUUCCCGAUGUGUACCAUGGCCACACUGGGCAGAUUUCACACGCACUUUGCUUUACAGAAAUCCUGUGACAACAAGAAUAAACCUCGAAUUAAAAA